GAUGGAGCAGGACGCACCUGUGGGACGUGGGAGGAAUCCUGAGAUUCCAACAAACUCACAACUUUCUGAACUACCUGUACAGCAGAUAGUGUGUCGUUCAUUUAGAUACGCAUUUAACCGCGUGCAUCCGUUAAUUUAGAUAUAAAUCGAACGGUUAAUCCUAUUUGAUAACGCUACCAGCGCACGGGACUGGAGCGAAACGUUUAUUUUUCGUCUCUUUCUUGCUGUUUGUGGAUUAAAAUCAACCGUUUCUCAAUGAGCGACACGGAAAAUUACAGCUCGGAUUCCAAAUUGGAAUCUGUUAUACAGAGGGUGGAGGAGAGUGUGCUGUCUGAGGAGAAGAGGCUGACUGUCCGAGGCGCCUCCCCAGAAGACCCAACUAUGUGUCUACCUGCACGGGUCCGAGAGAUUGUCACCAAGAACCUCAAUGAGAGCUCACCAGGAGCCAUGUUCUCAGUGAUGUCUGUCCAAGAGGAGAACCGGGUGCUGCAGGUAGAGCUGGGAAGGAUGGAAGACCUGCUAGCCCAUUGCAAGGCGGACCGCGAUGAGCUGGCUAUCAAAUACAGCGCAAUCAGCGAGAGGCUAGAGCAUGCACUCUGCCUGGAGACGGGUGACGGGGAGCAGGCUUCACCAGAGUCUCGAAGCCUGGCUCAGCAGAACGUGGACCUGCGCCGACGUCUGGAUGAGGAGCAGGCGGCCUACAAGCGUAAACUCACAGCCUACCAGGAGGGCCAGCAGAGACAGGCUCAGCUGGUGCAGAAGCUGCAGGCCAAGGUCCUGCAGUACAAGAAGAGGUGUGGAGACCUGGAGCAGACUCUAGUGGAGAAGUCCUCGGAGCUGGAGCAGCACAGACUGAAKGAGGWGGAUCCYUGCGGCGACCUGGAAAAUGCUCUSAURCGGUUGGAGGAGGAGCAGCAAAGGAGCAGCAGUCUGUCUGCAGUGAACGCCAUGCUGAGAGAGCAGUUGGAGCAGGCAGGACUGGCCAAUGAGGCACUCAGCCAGGACAUACGCAGYCUCACUGCUGAUUGGUCCAAAUCCAGGGAGGAGCUGGAGCAGAGGGAGUCUGAUUGGAGGAGGGAAGAGGAGUCUUUCCACAGUUAUUUCAGCAGUGAGCACAGUCGUCUAUUGUCCCUAUGGCGACAGGUGGUGGGCUUCCGUAGGCAGGUGUCUGAGCUGAAGAGCGUUACAGAGAGAGACCUGUCUGACAUGCGUAACGAGCUGGUACAGACCUCCCACUCUAUCCAGUCAUCCUGCUCCGGCCUGUCCUCCACGCUGCGCAGCCGGGAGGGAGGGGCGGCCCUGGCUCUGGAGCGGGAGGUGGCGCUGCGGGGGCAGCUGGAGCUGCAGCUCAGAGAACGGGUGGCCGAGAUGAUGAGCCUGCAGACCAGGACAGACGCAGAGAGGGCCGAGCUCAACGCCAGACUGUCAGAUGCAGUGCAAGAGUGGGAGAGGCUGAAGGGGCAGACUGAGGACAGAGACAGAGACAUGGCCUCUCUGACCAGGAGACUGGAGGAGCAGAAUGGUAACGAUGAGACAGACAUGCAGGUGAUGAGAGCUCAUACUGAAACACUGCUGGACACACUGAGAGACAUUGCACAGACUGUGCUGUCUGAUGGGGACUCAUCAUCAGAGGCAGACCAGGAGAACACCGGAGCUCCUCUAUUGGCUCUGCUCCGUGGCUCCUCCCCUCACCGCUCCUUUUCACCACAGCGAUCCACCUCUCCCAGACGCUACUCCUCGUUGGCACCCGUCCCAGAAGCCAGCCUGUCUGCCCUGCGCUCUGUUGUCAACAGCAGACAUCUCCAGCUGCAGGAGGUCCGGGGGUGUCUGUCCUCUGCCCAUUCAUCAUUGCAGACACUGCGCAGACAGCUCGCAGAGGCGGAGUCAGCCAAGCGAGAGGCAGAGCAGCGCAGUCGGACCCUGCAGGGAGAGAGGGAUGGAGUUCAGAUAGAAAAAGACACCACGCAGAGAGAGAGAGACCGUCUGAAACAAGACAGAGACACACUGGCUAGUGAGAAGAUGGCUGUAGAGAAGGCAGCCCAGACAGCUCUGAUCAAGGCCCAGAUCCUGCAAAUGAACUGUGAAAAGCUUCAGCAGGCCGUGACGUCGGCCCAGAGAGAGAGGGAUCACGAGAGAGAGGAGAAGGAGGCCGUACUGCAGGAGAGAGACCGAGCCAAGGCUGAGACCGAACGACUUCAGAAGCAGUGGGAGCAGAGUGAGAGCCGGGCGUCUGUCCAGCGAGGGGAGCUGUCUGUAGUGAGAGAGACCCACCACCAGGUGGAGGUAGAGAAGCAGCUGCUGGAGGGGGAGAAGGCCCAGCUCACUGAGGCUCUGACCCGGGCUGAGAGCAGUAAUGCAGAGCUCUCUCUGCUGGUCAAUAAGCUUCACUCUGAGGAGGCUGCCCUCCAAGACUCUCUGGGCAAGAUGGGCAGCAUGAACGAGGGCCUGGCCCAGGACAAGUCUGACCUCAACUCCAUCAUCUGCCAGCUGGAGGAGGAGAAGGCCCAUCUGCAGGCCCAGAAGCGUGAGGCGGAGCAGGAGAAGCUGACCAUCAGAGAUGAGCUGGUCCGAGUGGAGCAGGACAGACUAGAGCUGGACACCGCCCGCCUCGCCCUCCACCAAUCACUGCAAGAGUCCGAGCUGAGCAGGGUGGGAAUGGAGGCGGAGCUUCAGAGUCUCCGGGCAGAUAGAGUGAAGCUGCAGGACAAAGUCACUCAGUUGUGUGGCGAGGUGAGCUCUCUGGGGGCGGAGUUGGGCAUGGCCCGGGGUGAGGAACAGAGACAGGGCGUGGCCCUGGAGGAAGUAGGGCGGGGCAGGGUGGAGCUGGCUAGAGAGAGGGCGAGGCUGGUGGUCCAGCUGACUGCGUCAGAGAGAGAGAACACCAACCUGACUGAGGAGCUGGCCGCAUUCAGGUCGGAGCGGGAGGCCCUGGAGACCAGCCUGUUUGAGGUGCAGCAACAGCUGGUGCAGCUGGAGUCUGGCAGAGAGCAGCUGGAGACAGAGAUCCAGAGCCUGCGGCUGCGCUGUGAGACAACCACUGCGGAGCUGAGGCGUGUGCGUGCUGACGGGGAGAAUGCACUGGCACAGAGUGAGCGGGAGAGAGAGGCUCUGAGCCGGGCCCUGAGCAGCACCCAGCAGGAGUCCCAGCAGGCCCUAUGCACCGCCAUCACUGACCACCAGGAGGAGGCAGAGAGACUGACCGCUGAGAAGGAGGCCCUGCGUCACAGUCUGGAGUCUGAACAGGAGGGGGCACUACGACGAGUCAGACAGGAGGCCGAAGAGCAGCUCCUCAGAGCCGAGAGAGACCGGGAAGACCUGAGAGAUGAAAUGAGGAGUCUGCAGCACCACAGAGACCAGAGUCUGCUACAGGCAGAGACAGAGAAACAACAGAUGCUGUCCCAGAAAGAAGCAGAGAAGGCUGUGCUGUCUGAGAGAGUGUCCAUCCUGCUAGCAGAGCUGGGUACUGCAGCCCUGGAGCUGGACAGACUAGCCAGGGAGGCAGCUCAUUACAAAGACCAGGAGAGGGCCUCAGUGGGAGCUCUGACCAUUGAGUUACUGGAGCUUCGCUCUCAGCUGGAGGACGCUGACAGUGUUCAUGAUCGGGAGCUACACAGGCUGCAGGAGAACUGCACUGACCUACAGACACACACUGACAUUGCACUCAAAGAGUUGGAGGAGUGCAGAGCUUCUCUCUCAGCCAGUGAGGAGAGCCGAGACCAGGUGAGGCGGGACAUGCUGGAGAUGGAAAGGCGCCUCAACCAAACCCGGGACACUGGAGAGGGGUACAGAAGGGACGGGGUGGAGCUACGGCGCACCCUCGGUGAUGUCACCAAGGAGAGAGACACUCUCAGCCUAUCAAAUGCCCAGCUGAGAGAGACACUGAGAAGUGCAGAUACUGAAAGAAUCAGUGUAAAGCGUCAGUGUGAGGAGAAGGAGCAGCGGCUGGCUGUUCUGGAGGAGAGCCUGUCGUCUGCCCAGAGAGAGGUGGCAGAACUCCGCAGCUGUUUGAGAGAGGUCGAGGGGUCACGACUGGAGGCCCGGAGAGAGCUGCAGGAGCUACGCAGACAGGUGAAGGUGCUUGAUGGAGAGAAGGAACUGAAAGGGAAGGAGGUGGCUGAGCUGCAGACGCGUCUCUCCCUGGAGGAGCAGAGAGAGGAGGAGAGAGGGAGGGCGAUGUUCUCUCUCAAACAGAAGCUGGUCGAGGCUGACACAGCCAGGACCACAAUCAAAAAAGAGCUGUCCAUCCUCCAGAGGCGUCUGACAGAGUCAGAGUCAGGCUGUCGGGGUUGUGAGAGGGAGCUGACGGCCCAGCUGCAGGAGGCCCGGGGCUGUGAGAAGAAGCUCCAGGAUGAGGCCAGGAACCUGUCCCUGCGGGCCCAGACAGCCCAGGACUCCCUCACCCUGUCUAGCCUGCAGCUCAGCGAGGCCCAGGGCCGCCUGGCAGCCACCGAGGCAGAGCUGGCCCGGUCCGAGGCCGGACGCAGGGGGCUGGAGUUCCGCCUGGGCAGCCUGCAUUCAGCGCUGACCCGUACACUGGGCAUCGGAGUGGGGGGCCGGAGCAGUGCCAGCUGGGGCAGGAGCCCCAGGGGGAGCUCCCCAGCAGCAUCCCACAGCAGCAUCACACGUCACCGUAGCCUCUCGCCUCUACGCUGCUCACUGUCGCCCCCCAAAGAUUUUGGAGGUUCGACCCCUGACAACACGUUGGGCUGCUCCAGGCCGAUCUCCCCAGAACGGGGUGACACGCCCCUCCCCAUGCCUCUGCCUGAGCUGGACCCUGAGACGCUGCGCUGUGGCCUUCGAGACUUCCUCCAGGAGCUCCGAGACUCUCGGAGAGACAGGGACGAGGCUCGCUGCCAGUUGGGGGCGCUACAGAGUGAGCUGGAGGAGAUGACGGGGGAGAGAGACUCCGCCCAGAACCACCUUUCUCAGCUACACAACACACUACAGGAGUGCCAGGAGGGUAAGCGUGGUGUUGACGGGCGUCUGAGCUCCACCCAGGCUAUGCUUCAGCAGCAGGAGGAGACGGUGAGGAGGGGAGAGAGGGAGAGGAGGGCCCUCACUGACAGAGUCAAGGUUCUGGAGAGAGCCCUGCAGACUGCAGAGACGGAGAGGAAACACACACAGGACCAGUUGAGUAAGCAGCGUGCGGGAGAGAUGCGUCUGGAGGCUGAGCGGAGGCGACUGCAGGAGGCCCUGGAGGCUGCCGAGGCCCGGGGGACCAGGGUGGAGCUGGGGAGACGCAGCCUGGAGGGGGAGCUGCAUAGACUCAAACUGAGCCUCGGGGAUAGGGAGGCCGAGAGCCAGGCCACCCAGGAGCGCCAUGACCUACUACUCAAACAGGUGGCGGAGGGGGAGAGCCGUGUGACGUCGCUCCAGAGAGAGGUGGACAGGCUGAGCCAAGCUCUGUCUAAAGUCCAUGAAGGAGAGGCCUGUCUCAGAGAGAAGACCCAGAACCUUUCACAGAGCCUCCAGGAGGCCACGGCUGCCCACAGCGCCACCCAGGGGCGCCUGGUCGCACUGCAGAAGACCCUGGGGCUGGCCGAGCAGGACCGCAGGCAUCUACAGGAACGAGUGGAUGGAGCGCGGGCCUCCCUGGCGGAGGGGAAGAGAGGCAUGGUGGCCCUCACUGAGCGAGUGCAGAGCCUUCAGACUGAGCUGACCCAGAGAGAGCUGAGACGAGGAGAGCUGGAGGCAGAGCUGGCCCACACACAGGAGGCCCUGCGUCAACGGUCCACAAGUCUGACAGAGGCCCAGCACAGUGCCCAGUCUGCCCAGGCAGAGAGAGCGACUGCAGAGGAGAGGCUGCGGGGGCUGCAGAGGGCCGUGGCCGUGCUGGAGACCGAGAAGAAAGAUGCGGAGAGACAGGCUGUCCGUCUGGAGAAGGACAAAAAUGCAUUGAGAAAUACACUGGACAAGGUGGAGCAUCAGAAGCUGAAGACUGAGGAGGGUAGCAUGCGUCUGUCUGCAGAGAAGGGCCGCCUGGAUCGCUCCCUCACCACCGCCGAGCAGGAGCUGCAGAACGCACAGAGACAGAUAGCACUGCUACAGGCCCAGCUGGCUGAGAUGGAGCAGUCCCACAGUGAGAGUGAGAGCUCUGUCCUCCAGCGUGACGAGGUGCUGUGUGAGGCGGAGAAGCUGAGGGUCGCCCAGAGGGAGUCAGAAAGGAUUCUGGCUGCCCGGGACAGAGCCCACCGCCACCGGGUCAAAGGCCUGGAGGAGCAGGUGUCCACUCUGAAGGAGCAGCUACAGCAGGAGAUGAGUCGUAGACAGCCCUCUCUACCCACCCUCAUAUCUGGGGGGAACUGAGCACUGAGCAGCGCUCCCUGUGUCCCUCCAUGGGUACUACAGCCCACUUACAGCUCCGGAACCAGCAUAACAUCAUCCGCUCCUCUGUGUUGACACACGCCUCUCCUCCUACUCAGGGGAUAGAAGUGUCAUCCAGUACAACAGGAAUGAGAUCUUAAUCUCUGCCAGUAUAUACAGUUGACCAGGGUUCCCUUCCACACACACACCAGCAUACAAAGGGAGAACAGUCUGAGUCACUGUUUGAGCACUAGGCAACAAAUUGAUCAGUCCUAUGAAGAAACUACUGUGCCGUCCAUCUUGCUACUAUUUGGUUGAGAUUGACCCAACUAGUUUGCCUGGACCAAUAGAUGGACACUAUUAUAUGUAGAGCACAUGAUGGGACCACAUGAGAUGAAGUAUUUAUGCACUAUAUGUGUGUACUGUUUGUGAUUUUAGAUGUGUGUGUACUGAACAAAAAUAUUCAUGCAACAAUUUCAAAGAUUUUAUUGGGUAACAGUUCAUAG